AUGUUGGCACUUGUACGAGGUUGCAGUGACAGACCCGGGGUUGUGGGUGUUGCUGGGGCUCAGCCCAGUGGUCAUUGGCGAAUUGCCGAUAUUGAUUCAAAGCUCUUCGGAGACAUCGUGCCUGAAAUUGAUCUCACUGAUGCUACCAAGAAUGUUCUUCUGCAAUUUGGUGAUUUUCGGAAGCGGCUGCAUGUCAAAGACGGCCAGAUUUUCAGCUUGGAAUUUGUUUCUGAUUUUGACAGUUGGAGCAAUGCCAAGCGACCGGGAUUGCCAGGCGGUGAUGCUGGAGAUUUGAGGCUGUUAGGAUGCUCAAAGCUAGCUUCUGGAAAAAGGCAGAUAUCUUUGGAAAAGGCUUUGGAGAGCAUGUCAGAUCAGAAGUUUGACGAUUGGCCACAUAGAGGGCCGAAGGCGACAAAGGAAUUCCUCGAAAGUGUGCUCCAGAACGGUGGAGACCUCAUGACAUACCACAGUUCUUUCAUGCGUAAGUCAGGGUUGUCUGACAACAGUGCUGCCUCUCAUGAAUACAAGAAUUUGCUGAAUAUCCUUCGCCUUGCCAUCAGUUAUGACCAGGUUGAUGUCAGCAACUUGGCGUGCAUCGAGCAGACAGUGCGCCGAGUCUUGGAGAUUCAGAUUGCUGUCCGAAGGAACCCCAAGCAUCCGACUUUUGAUGCCUUCGAUUACAACCUUCGUGGAACAGUUGAUGAGGUAGGUGGUGCCAGGGCAUUUAGCUAUGCAGAGUGGGUCGCAGAACAACAGAAAGUUGAGGCCAAGACUCUCAAGAGCACUCGUGAAUGGAGAGAGGAGCAGGCGGCCGAUCGCAGACGUGCCGGUCGUGCGGCCGAGAAGGAUGACUCUGAGGAAGAUGAUCAUGGCGGAGAUGGCGGGAAGAAGAAGAAGAAGAAGAAGAACAAGAAGACGGGCGUAAGGGCGACGCAUCAAAUUCUCGCCUCUGCAUGCUUUCGAAUUCAAAGUAAGGUGAUCAAGUCAAAAGAUAUGAUGUACUCGCUCUCCCAAUGCAACGUAGCACCCUACGACCCUGACCUUCUGAAGGUCACGAAAACUGCGACUGUGCCGAAACCUGCCACUCAGUUGUUGCCUGCCAUGGAAGCCAGCUGGCUUGAGGAACCAGACCAACACAUCGUUCGUUCGGCAGAAGAGAUCGCUCAGUGGGCCGCUGCCAAUGGGGAUUUCCAUCCAUAUUGGGACGAAACUCUCAGGACUGACCGCAUGGCCCGACAUGACCUUUAUCGCAAGCUUUGUAAUAAGUCACUAAUUGGGUUUAGGAAGCGCAUCCGCGCCAAAGUUGGUCUUUUCUUCGUUUGGAAGUCCAGUCGGAAGGGCAUCCGUUUGAUCGUCGAUGCACGUAUGCCUAACGCCUGCCACAAACGCCCCCCAAAGACCAAAUUAGGAGGUGCCAGUGCCAUUGCAGAUGUUGAUGCAUUCGCUGAUGAAGAUGACCUGGCCUUGUUAAAUGAGGGGUAUGGUGGGCCUGUUGAGCUUCCUUGCAAGAUGUUUGGCGACACUGGCGAUGUGAGUGAUGCCUUUUACCAAUUCAGUGUGGCAGGGCUUGCGGAUUGGUUCGGGUUGGAUGAUCCUGUGCGAGCAGCAGACUUUGAGGUGACAUCGGUUUGGGACCCGGAUAGCGGUUGUCAAGUUGAUGUUGACCCAGAUGAGAUGUUGUUCCCGGUCUUCCUUGGCAUGCCGCAGGGGUGGGUUUGGGCCUUGCACUUUUGUAACACAGCUGUUGAGUAUGGCAUGUCGAAAGCCAUUCCAGCCACGCAGUUUGUGAAGGAAGGCAUGCCCCCACCGGAUCCUAGAUGUGGCCCCAUAAGUAGCGUGUAUGUUGACAACAUCGGAGUCUUUGGAUUUGUUGAGAAGGUUGUCGACCAUUCCUUCGAUCAGUCCGUAGCUAACCUUGAGCGAGCUGGCUUUGUUUUGCAUGAACUUAACAAGGGUAAUGUUGAAGUUGUCAACGUUGGAAUCGUGCUGUAUCAAAACACGUUGAAGAUUCGCCACAUCAAGAAUAGAGCUUGGCGGUUGCAAUAA